GUGAGCACAGAGGUGGAGCGCGCACGCCCGAGCCGCGCCGCACUCGCCGUACUCGCCGCUCGCACCGCACGCUCCACGCUGCACGGCCAGUGUGCCCCGCGGCCCCCGGCGCACCGACCGCUGCACGUGUAUGCACCGCACUCGCGCCGACCACGCGUCGCCGAUACAAACCUUGUUGAAUAAACGUCACGUGUAACCAACGUUUUCUACAAUUAUUAUUGGCAACUCCAAAAAUAUUCUAAAUUGAUAGUGUGACAUUAAAUAACAUGAUACGUGUCAGAAAAACAGUGUUUAUCGUAUAAUUUGGGCGGCGGCGGCGAAACGUCUACGUCAUGCUACGAGACAGCAGCUGUCCCCACCGGACCCGCAGCCCGCCACAAUGGAGCUCAUUAUCUUGCGCCGGCUCCGACUCGCCCAACUGAAAGGAAUUUUCCAAGGUGUAGGAGUACCUACAACACCAUGCCACCUAAGCCCCGCACCGGCGUGGUAGGCGUACUACUGAGGGUCGCGCGCCCUCUCCUGUGACUAGCCAGAGUUCUAGCGCACGGCACGGGCGGCGGAUUAGGCGUGGGGCGCGGCGCGUGGCGGCGGCGCGGGCGCGGGCGGCGCCAUGACGCGGCGCCCGCCACCAUGACGCUGCCGCCGCCCGCGCGCCCCGCGCACCCCGCCGCGCAUCGCGCAAUGCGCUAUUACCGCAUCUGGAUCUACGCGUGCAACGGCGCGCUGUUGCUAGGGGCGCUGGCAUUCUGCGCGGCAGCGGGGCGCGCGCUCUCCGACUACCGACGCGCGCUGGUGCCCGGGCUCGGCGUGGCGCAGCCCGGCUUCCUCUACGGCUACGCGGCGCUGCCGGCACAGGCGGGGCUGCUGCAGCUCCUCGGUUGCCUCGCUGCCUUGAGACUUUCCGAACGGAUGUUGAACGCGUACUGGUUGGCACUUUUAGCCCUUCUCGUAGGGGACGCUGCUAUUGGCGUCUACUGGGCAUUCCGAUUUGAGCGAGUUUGCCGUGAACUGCGGCCACAGCUUCGGCUGCGUCUAGCAAAAGACUACGACACGGACAUUGACUUUUCCCAAGCUUGGGAUCGCCUUCAGAGAGAGCAGCGGUGCUGCGGCGUUACAGGGCCAGCAGAUUUUGCGGCUUUUAAUAAAACUACACUCCCUGCGAGCUGUUGUCGUAUACCGGCGCAUACGACAUCGGUGACGCCCGCACUGCUGGCCGUCACGUCCGCCACGUCACCAGCGCCGUUCACUCCUGUGCAUUGUGCUCCUCACACAGCCGCCUGUUCAGAGAGACUACUUGUUUGGCUACGACGAACCGCAGACGCGUUGUUCGUGUUAGGAUAUUGCGUUAUAGCAUUUUUAAAAUUGUGCUUCCUUGGAAUCCUCCGAUACGAAAUAAAGGAGAUGAUUCAAAAAAUUAGAAUAUUACGGAGUGAGCUCGGAGCCGGCGAGCUACUCGACGGUAGUCCCAUCCAUGGCGGGCCACUAUCGCAGACGAUAAUAGUGAACGCGGUAAAUGCAAACGGCGGAGUCCGAGCGCACGGCGGUAGCCCAGAACGCGCAGGAGAGCGCGAGGCACUGCUGGGGCGAGCCGCCGAGCCCUGUCCGCGGCGCAGCAUACACGACGAGCCGCUGGGCCCCAAGACGAUAAACGGAAACAACAACUGUGAGAUGCGUGAGCUCGCUCGAGGAGAUUACAGGCCGCUAGCAGCGGAUAGUGCAGCUACUCGAAUCUGACUAAGAUGUUACUUGGAGCGGCUGUUCGGGCGGCGAUGGCGCUCGUUCCCGAGCGCGGGCUGCGAGCUGGAGCCGCCGCUGGGCCGCGGGCCGCCCGUGUGCGUGCGCCGCGCGGGCGGCGGCGCGCGGGUGCGGCUCGACCACCGCCGACAAACCCUCCGCUCCGAAUUUGAGUUGUAAGUUAUAUCGACGCGGUGGACAGCAAAGUUCGCCGCUACAAUCAUAUUCAUUCGCGCUGUCAAUUGCGACUACCGAUAUGUUCGGUAAGACUCAAACUGUACGUUAUGUUCAUAGUGAUAGCCUUGUACAAAACUGUACCAGAGAUGCAAAUCAGUGUUAGCUAUGUCGUUCAGAACAUUUUGAACAGUGAGAAAUGACUUUUAAAUGAACGUGCAUCGAAGGAUAAUUGUGUAAUUUAGACAAAGUGAAAUCGAUUUUCGAGCAAAGCUUGUGUUUAGUUCCUAAAUUUGGCCGUUAAAUAUUCGUUCCGUAGGUGCAUAGGACACACAAAUAUGUUUUAGUUUACGGUCCCUAGGAAAGUGGCAAGAGAGAUAGAUACCAGAGGUAUCGCGCGUGUACAGCAUGUGAGGAAAUGCAGUCUCCGGGCAGAGCAUCAAUAAUGAACGCAUAGUUCGGCUACUAGGAGAGCGCAGUAAAUCCAUCCUACAUAAUAUUGUAUCUGUAUACUCGAAUACGAUUUUAAUAUUUAUAGCAGUAAAUAACGGGAAUCAACCAAUAUAAGAUUAAUUAUGAUGAUUGUUUAGCCUUAAGACAUAACAGUUUUUGAUUGUAUACCAAUAGAUUUAUGGAAAUAAUUAUUGUACUUAAUAUGUAUUUUACAACUUUUCAUGUCAUUUUACUCAUUGUCUUCAAUUAAAUAAUUAUAUUUGUAUGUAUAUGUUAAAAUAUAUUGCCAUAGUCAGUACCUAUACCAGCUACACAUUCAGUUAAGUGGUUUUUGCUCCAGAUGUGCUCUUACUCAUAGGAGUCUGAGCAUAAGUAAAAGGAAAUUAAUAAUUAGAUCUAAAAUUUACCUAAAAACAUAGAUUUGUCAUUUAAUUUGAUAGAUAAAUAUAGACUCGGCAAAAAUCACUUAUCGUGAAUGCUGUUUGUACAUUUUAAUAUACGUUACAAAUUACUAAAAAAAUCAAAUGGUUCGCUUGCACGGAACUUAUCUGCCUUCACUUUGAUUUACUUUCCGUAGGAUAUUACAUCUCUAUCAUAGAAGUCUUAGUUUAUGAAUAGUACCUGUACACCUGUUUUGAAGUUGCACGAUACCCGCCAGUGCUUGCGUAGAUGUCACAUGACUCGUACCGAGGGGCCUCCUCCCGGGUCCUCGUCAGCGUCACGUUUGGUUUGACAGCUUUCCUUACAUGAGCCGGACAUGAGUGAACCGCGACUUUCCUCGCUCAUUGUCUUUUUAUCUAGUCCUCCUAAUCAUACCUAAUUUGGUCGGUAAAUGUAAAUAAUAAACAAAAUUUGUACAUGUGUAGUAUGCGAGUAAUUGUGCAUGGACAGAUUGACAAAAUACAUAGUACUGAUAUGAGCUUAAACGACGUAGUGCCUACAAUUAUAUGCUUGUGAACAGUAUAAAGUGAACGAACACACUUUUAAUAACAUUUUAUUUUAUGGCAGAAGAAUUUAAAACGUUUCGUAUGUACUACAUUUUAUCAUUAUCUCGACAGAGUACAGACGUUUUUGCUAAAAAUUUAACAAGAUCGAUCGCGCUAUGAAUUUAGACUGCGCAUAUAAAAUAUUACAAUAUUCUCAUGGUGUAAGGAAUUAGGUAAAAUUUAUAAAUGGCUGUGUCAAGUAUAGGUGAGACCUAUCCAUGCCGAGUGUGGACUGCCGCAGCCGCAGCCAGCCUGCGCCGAGUAUGACCGCCGCACGUUCGACCACCUACCUACAUUCAUACAUAUUUGUACUUUUACGAACUAACUUUAUAGAUAUAUUGUAAUGACGAGUACGGAGUUAUGUUCGCUUAGAGUAGGUAUAAUAUUUUGUGAAUUUAUGCAGAAAAAUAGUUUUUUAAUAUUGUUGUCACAUGAAUGUACCAAUCUUAUAAAAAUUUGUACCUAUAUUCGGAAAGUUGAAUAAUUUGUAGCUAGGAUCCAAUCUAAAUCCUACAUUUCUUCCAAAAAAAAACGGUUAAAAUAACAUGUGCCUUGGCUUAUAAAAUGUAUAACUGAUGUUAUGUUUAUUGUAAAUUAAUGAAUAUAAAGUAAACACGAGCUCGUGUCUGAUGUGCUGCCUACACCUUCCGACUACUCGUAGAACACUAUGGUCUCGUGUGUGACCGCCGCGUGUCAACACUCGACACUUUAUCACAACAAUGUGUGUAUUGUAUCACUUGUUUACCUUCCCAAACGUUCAUUUUAUUACAGUUUCGUUCACUCCACACUAUUUACUGUAUUUUCGCCAUUAACAAAUACUCAAUGUACAGCUGAAUAAUGCUAAAUGUUUUUUAAUGAAAAAUACCACAAUUGUACAAGAUGGUCGAGUGGCAUGUGUACUGAAAGUGUUCUGUAACAUAUGUAAUUAAUGUCAUUGGAUGGUACUCUGUACGUAAUCUUUUGAAUUCUCUACUGUCACUAUACUUUGAAUGUUUUUCUCAUUCAGUGUGUUUCAUUAUUAUAGUAGAGUUGUUACAACUUUCCGAAGGUACGCACUAGGCGACUGAGAGCUAAUAUUAUCAUAAUAAAUGCAUUAAAUAAAGAGUUUGUUAAAA